AUGUGUUUUAUGUCUUACGAACUUGCUCUUAACCCCGACGUCCAAAAAAGACUUGCCCAAGAAAUAGAUGACACUGUGGAAGCUUGUAACGGGAAACUUACCUACGAGGCUCUCCUUGGUAUGAAGUAUAUGGAUAUGGUUGUUUCCGAAACCUUAAGAAAGUGGCCCAAUGCUACUGCUGUGGAUAGGGUUUGCACGAAACCCUACACCAUCGAGCCCAAAUAUCCCGAUGAGAGUCCCGUCCACUUGGAAAAAAAUGCUGUUGUUUGGUUGCCCAUUUUUGCUCUGAAUCGGGAUCCUGACCAUUGUCCAGAACCAGAGCUGUUUGAUCCAGAAAGGUUUAACGAUGAGAACAAGGUUAAUAUCAAACCGUACACGUACCUGCCUUUUGGGUCUGGACCUAGGAACUGUAUUGGUUCCAGGUUUGCCCUAUUAGAGACUAAAACGUUGUUCUUUUAUAUUUUGUCACAUUUCGAGAUAGUUCCUGUGAGGAAAACUCAAAUACCUUUAGUUCUAAGUAAGAAGCAAUUUAAUUUGACUGCCGAGAAUGGAUUUUGGUUAGGGCUUAAACGUCGGACUAGAGUCUAAAUAGAAAAUCAGAUUCCUAUUUUGUGAAACAUUAUACGAAUUAUGGAUGUACCUAAUUUAAGAUAUUUUACUAAAAAUAACCAUUUA